CGCCGCCGAGGAAGGCGGCGCGGGGGGCUCCCCGGAGAGUGGGCGGCGGGGAGCCCCCGUCCCGUGUCCCGCCGCAGCGGCCCGGCGGGGACGAGACCCGGGUGACCGUCGCGAGGCGGGCGUUCCGCGGCCUCCUGCGGGCGGCGGGGCUGCCGGGGGGCGGGGCUCCGCUCCCGGAAGCGCUUCCCGGGCGGGCCCGCCGGAAGUGACGCAACGGCAGGGCGGGGUCGUUCGCCGGGUCCGGCAGCUGAGGCUCCGCGCUCGGCUUCCCCGCAGCGACGCCCCCCGUCCCGCCGCCGCCGCCGCCCCUCCGCUCCCGGCCGCGCCAUGGGCACCCGCGACGACGAGUACGACUACCUGUUCAAAGUCGUCCUUAUUGGAGAUUCUGGCGUCGGGAAGAGUAACCUCCUGUCCCGAUUUACUCGAAAUGAGUUUAAUCUCGAGAGCAAGAGCACCAUCGGGGUGGAGUUCGCCACGCGGAGCAUCCAGGUGGACGGCAAGACCAUCAAAGCGCAGAUCUGGGACACGGCCGGCCAGGAGCGCUACCGCGCCAUCACGUCUGCGUACUACCGCGGAGCCGUGGGCGCCUUGCUGGUGUACGACAUCGCCAAACACCUCACCUACGAGAACGUGGAGCGCUGGCUGAAGGAGCUGCGUGACCACGCCGACAGCAACAUCGUCAUCAUGCUGGUGGGCAACAAGAGCGACCUGCGCCACCUGCGCGCCGUGCCCACCGACGAGGCCCGCGCCUUCGCGGAGAAGAACGGCCUGUCCUUCAUCGAGACGUCUGCUCUCGACUCCACAAACGUAGAAGCUGCUUUCCAGACAAUCCUGACAGAGAUCUACCGCAUCGUGUCCCAGAAGCAGAUGUCAGACAGGCGCGAAAAUGACUUGUCUCCGAGCAACAACGUGGUGCCCAUCCAUGUCCCGCCCACCACUGAGAACAAGCCAAAGGCGCAGUGCUGCCAGAACAUCUAGGGCGCCUCUCUCCCUCUCCUAGCAGGCUGUGUACAGUCCGUUUCCCAGGUCUGAGAUUUAAAUAUAUUUGUAAUUCUCGUGGUCACUUUUGUGUUCGGUCACUUUCUCAACCCUAUGAAUUUUCCCGUGUCUUAGGCCUUUUGAUUUUCGCUUUCCAAAGCCGCCCACCUGUCCUGAAUGACUGCUGCUUCCCUUUUUCUUUUCCCGUGCUAUGGCUUCAGUAGCCUCAGUUUAAUAAACUGAAUGUUUGGAUUCCUCAGUAAGUGUCGCCUUCUCCUCUUGGAAGCCUGUCACUGUAGGAUGAUAGAGGUUGAUCCCUUGAACUUCCGGCCCAGUUACUGGUCUGGAGCAGAUGAGACUAAAGAUGAGACUAAAGACUAGAAAUCAGCUGUCGUGGUCGCCAGAGCAGCCUGCCCACAGCUGCUCAGCUCAGAAGCUGCCUUAGAAGCGGCAGGACCAGGAGAGCUUGAACAUGUCCCCGCUCUUCCGGAAGCCGGUUUCUAAAAUGCCUUAACAGGCUUGUGGAGCCUAGCACAUUUUGGGUUUCGACUUUUUUUUUUUUUUUUUUUUAAUAGAAGUAUCAAAGUUGACUGGUGAGGGGACACUUUUCCUGACUAGAAUUCUCUGGGUAAACAUGGAGGUCUGCUCCGGUUUCAGGAGCAGUGUGGUCAGCUGCCCUCUUGGCCAGGGGCCGGGGGAUCGGGCGCCCCCGAGGCAGUGCUCGGCUGGCCCCAGGCCCCUCCACUCCACUCCACCCCCAGCAGUAGGUCGCAGUGCGGCUCUCAUUGCCGAGUUACAGUAGCUGGUCUGAUGCUUUAGUCUCAAGUUGCCAAGUGAAUGCAGCCUAGUAGCACUGACCACUAUGCCCGCCAGCAGCGUGGAUAAUUCUGUUAGCGUUGCUGAGUUUUAAGCUUUGCAGUAGAUCCUGGACCACGGUUCCCUCCAGUACGUGGUGACAGUCUGACUGAAGAAGGCCAGCGUGUAGGUGAAGCGGCGCCUUGAGUCUGAGUAGCCGUGUCCAGACCCGCCACAGCACUGAAGUUCCCAGCAGCUAGCAUUCGCACUCCGAAGCGUGCACAGUGUUCGCUUUUCCUGUGGAUGACAUGAAGCACUUCACCCUGCAGCGUUCUGAAAGCUGUGUCAGCUGAGGCGAUACCACUCAGGAUGGUGGAAUUAGCCCCCCCCCCCCCCAUAUUGAUGUGGGCUUGCGCGGCUUCCUGUCUGGCAGCUACCCCUCUGUCUCGCAGUGCUCAUGAUGUGUGGGGGCACGGAAGGCAUUGCUCUGCCCCGUCCUUCUGGUUGCUAUUUAGUGUAUCGGUUAUCAAGACCCUGUGACCUAUUUGUAAAUUGCUACUUUGUAUCUUAUGCAUGCUCUGUAAUUGGUUUUUCCCCCUUUUUUCUUUUUUAGUUUGUUGAUUUGAAAUAUACUCACAUUCUAAUAAACAGUUACGGGGGACCAUU